AUGGGCGGUUACCUGGGGCGGGCUCGCCAUCACUGUCCGUUCCUGACUGUGUCCAUUGGGGACCUUCAGAAGAGGCCCUCGCCGCCGGUCCACAGUGUUUCCCGGUCUCUCCGGGCUAAUUCCAUGGACCGGUGUCUGAACAUGGCUGACAGCCUACCUUUUGAAGAUGAUGAGGCUUUAGCUGAUUCCCAGGAGCACCCUGGGCGCGUGAUGGUUGUCCACAUGCAGCGAUAUUUAGUGGAGAAGGUUCGGGACUUACUCAUUGGAGUCUUUUCCUCAAUGUUCUUGUGUGGUCAGCACAUCUCAGUGCCGACACUGUCAGAUUCCAGGAUGUUCCGAGGCUCCGUGAUCCUGAAGGUGAUCUCUACUAAGGGCAGAGCCAUACUCUGUUUUGUUCUGGGGCAGCCGAUCCUGAAUUUAUGGUCUUUUCUCACUGGCUACCUCUCGACUCAAUUUAGUGCUCUCCAAGUGAGCAGCAAAAGCAAAAGAGUGCGACAAAAGAAAAAGAAAAACUCCAGUACCUUGAGAAAAGGUGGAGAAGGAUUUGCCAAGCAGGAGGAAGGCUCCCCAGUCAUAAAGAGGCCUUCUGAUCAGGGAACGGACUCUGAUGGUGGUGUGAGUGCCCAAUCUGCAUUUAGACGCUUGAUUGUCAAUGAUGUACUCUCUUCUUUUAUACCCAGACCGGGUCCUUUAGGUAUGGAUAUCUGUUCCAAGAAUUCAGCAAAGAGCUGUAUUAAAGAAUCCCAGAUCGCAUUCAAGAGCGCAUACAAACGGAAUGCCAUCGCCAGCUCCUACAGUUCCACUCUAGCGCAAUGGCCACCUGGGAGAGUUCCUACACGGGCUACUGGACGUGCUGUCCCCCGUACUGCCUCGGGCGCUACGGUAAAACCCACGGUGCUGUCCCUGGUGCUGCUUCAGGGGAUGCCCCAGAUGCUGCUGCAGGUGCUACCCGAGGUGCUGCUCCAAAUGCUGCUGCAGGUGCUAGCCGAAGUGCUGCCCCAGAUGCUGCUGCAGGUGCUAGCCGAGGUGCUGCCCCAGAUGCUGCUGCAGGUGCUACCCGAGGUGCUGCUGCAGGUGUUACCCGAGGUGCUGUCCCUGGUGCUGUUUCAGGGACUGCUACAGGAGCUGCUGCACAACCUACUGCAGGGGCUGCCCCAGGGGCUGCCCCAGAUGCUGAUGUACACACUACCCAAGCUGCUUCAGGGGCUGCUGCAGAUGCUGCUUCAGGGGCUGCUGCAGAUGCUGAUGCUGACCUAG